GAAAAAACCCCAUUUAGUCAGUUGCCUCAUGGAAUUUUAAAAACCACAUGUAAUAGCAUACCACAUCAAACGUAUUCCCCACCAAUAAAAAGUAAACACAUUAAGUUUUUUUACCUUUCCCAUUAAUUCUAGCAAAUUAAGUUUAACAAAAUCUUCAUUUAACAAUUCCUAUUUAAUUUUCUACUGUUAUAACAAUAGUCACUCCCAUCUUUCUUCUUUACCCACCGGAACUCAAUAUUUCUUGAUGUGGGUUAAAUGGAUACCUUGUUUAGGCUGGUGAGUCUUCAAUCUGAUAAUUCCAUCAAUUCUAGCAGGACCUCCAGCAGCUCAAGAUCGUCCAGACAAAACCAUCACUACCAACAAGACGAAGAAGAAUGCUUCAACCUUUUCAUGGAUGAAGAAGACUUCUCCUCGUCUUCUUCUAGGCAAUACUAUCCUUAUCACCAGCCCCACCCUUCCACCACCAGCACCACCACCCCCACGACCACCAGCACCAGCACCCCCACCCCCACCACAACCCAUCAACAUGGUUUUGAGCCCACUGACUUCUCCUUCUCCCCUGCUCAUGACCUCAACUUCGAUUUCUCCGGUCAGUGGGCCACCGAUAUCCUCCUUGAGACCGCACGUGCCAUAGCAGAUCGGAACAGCGCACGUGUCCAGCAACUCAUGUGGAUGCUCAACGAGCUGAGUUCCCCCUAUGGUGACACGGACCAAAAGCUGGCGUCCUAUUUUCUCCAAGCCUUGUUUAGCCGGAUGACUGACAAAGGCGAGCGAUGCUACCGGACUUUAGUAUCCGCCUCGGAUAAAACAUGUUCCUUCGAUUCCACCCGAAAAAUGGUGUUGAAGUUCCAAGAGGUGAGUCCAUGGACUACUUUUGGUCAUGUAGCUUGUAAUGGUGCAAUUAUGGAAGCAUUUGAAGGGGAAACCAAGUUGCACAUAAUUGAUUUUAGCAACACAUAUUGCACUCAGUGGCCGACCUUGCUAGAAGCCUUAGCCACCCGGACAGACGAAACGCCCCACCUCAGGCUAACCACAGUCAUGUCCGGAAAAUCUAACGGUAGUUCGGGCGGAGCCGGAGGCUUGGCGGCUGUCCAAAAGGUAAUGAAAGAAAUUGGUUCCAGGAUGGAAAAAUUCGCAAGGCUUAUGGGAGUACCAUUCAAAUUCAAUGUCAUACAUCAUGCCGGUGAUUUAUGUGACCUAAAUUUAGCUGAACUUGACAUCAAAGACGACGAGGCUCUUGCUAUCAACUGCGUGGGGGCGUUGCACACGAUCACCGCCGUUGACAACCGUAGAGAUGUUCUUCUAUCGAGUUUUAGAAGACUGCAUCCGAGGAUAAUCACAGUGGUGGAAGAAGAAGCUGAUCUUGACGUCGGCGUCGACGGGCUCGAGUUCGUGAAGGGCUUCCAAGAAUGCGUACGGUGGUUUAGGGUUUAUUUUGAGGCUCUAGAUGAGAGUUUCCCAAGAACUAGCAAUGAACGGUUGAUGCUGGACCGGGCGGCAGGGAGAGCGAUUGUUGACCUUGUGGCAUGUCCACCGUCGGAGUCCAUCGAGCAGCGGGAGUCAGCCACGCGCUGGACAAGGCGGUUGCAUGCUGGUGGGUUUAGCCGGGUGGUGUUCAGUGAUGAGGUGUGCGAUGAUGUACGCGCCUUGUUGAGGAGGUAUAGGGAGGGAUGGUCAAUGGCACAGUGCCCCGAUGCCGGAAUAUUCUUGUUGUGGAAGGAGCAGCCGGUUGUGUGGGCGAGCGCAUGGAGGCCGGGAUGAAUGGGUUUGGAUGAGAAGUGAUUGAUCACACGUGCGUUAUGUUUUUUCCCGUACGUGCAAACUAGUGGUGAUAUGUUUGGGGUGUGUUUGGAGGAAAUUAAAUUUGCUUGGAUUUGAAUAGGAUUGCAAGUAAAAUUGAUUUCCAUUAAUCUUUUUUAAUCGUCAUUUGUGAUUUAUUAUUAUUAUUAUUAUUAUUAUUGAUUUUAAUUUUAUG